AUGGUCUUCACCCGGACUAUAAUGUUGUUCGCUUCCCUUGUUUUGUUGGCUACUUCUGUGGCUGCAAUGCCUUAUAAAAGGUACGAUAACAGUACUAUUACUGAUACCACUUCUUCUGCCAUUGCCAGUUCCUCAGAAAUUGAUACCACUAUCACCGUUAACGCUUAUAUAACCGUUACUCUACCAUCCACAACUUUAACGUUGGCAACUUCCGAUACUUCAGCUGUUUCUUCCGCUGAAUUGGCCGUUUCUUCUGCCUCCAAGGAAGCUGCUGCUGAAUCAAGUGAUGUCUACGAAUACACUUCUGAUGUCACCUUGACCUCAACCAUCACCAUGUAUGAAACAAUUGUUUCAGACUCUGUCACUACUGAAGUCCCUACAAACACUCUUACUUCAACCAUAGCCACCCAAACUGUCCAAACAACGACAUCUGUGCACGAAGACUCUUCUGUCACUGUGGCUCCUUCCUCUCCUUCUACCGAAACUGCUACUGAAACUGAAGCUGACGAAGAAACCACCUCCACCAUCACCAGAUUUGUCACUGUUACCGAUGACUCUGGGACUCACACCGAAGCUUUGAUCUCUACGUCAACUGGAUGUGUCGCUGAAACUGUCACUGUUACCGCAACAGAAACAGAAACUGUCACUGCAACCCCAACCACUCCUACUGGCUAUUCCAUGAUUACUAAGACUACCGCUAUACCUGUUACUGCAACAUUCUCCCAAUCUGAUACCACUCUCACAGUCACCUCAUACAUUGAAGUUACUCAAACCAACUUAGUGACCAUCUCAUCCUCAGCUACUCCAACCACAUCUUAUGUCAACAGCACAGUUCCUGAGUUGAGAAAGAGAGAUGGAUUCUAUUAUUUGUACUAA